CAAUUUGAACUUUUCGCCUUGAUUAACCCUAAGAAAGCCGUUUUUUUUCUAUAACUUGAUUUCUAUUGGUCACUGCUCAACCAAUAAUAUUUCGAGGCAAGUGGAGUACGGAUUCAAGUUCUCCGCCCCAGAAAACCUUAAAGUAUCAACUCUAUGAUCGUAAGAUAGAGCUCGAAUUGUGAGUCAAUUAGAUUGUGGACAAAAACGGAACCCAUUUCCCUUUAAUUAUCUUUGUAAUAGGUGAGUUAGCCUUCUUGUUACUUUAUGUUUUAUAUACCAUUUUGUAGCUCGUGAAAUUCUCUAUCGAAAGGUAUAUAAUAAUUGGGGAUUUAUUUGACUAUGAUAGGAAAAGUUGUUUACGAAAGCCAAGAUGGGUCGAUCUUCGCAUAGGAAGCCAUAGGGAAAAAAGACUAUUUUUGCAAUAACUCAGGAAGAGCUCGUCCAAUCAGGCUCAUCUUCGAACUCGACUGAGACAUUGAUGAGACUGAACUGUGUAGAAAAUUUCAUCACGAUCUGACUCUCCUUUCGAAAGUUAUCGUGUAUACGGACGGACGGACGGACGGACGGACACACUGACCGAUUCUAGUAGUGUACUCACUUUUUGAGUACACAAAAACAUGUUUCCAUAUAAGAAUCUCUGGAACACCUAGGCGCGGAGCCACCAGGGGAGCUAGGGGGAGCUGAGCUUCCCCGGAAAACUAUUGAGCUCCUCCGGAAAAUUAGCUUUCGCAGGCACUUGACUGUGAUGUCACUGUCACCGUUCGAUAUUAUUCAUCAACAAAAGUAGGGGUUCCGCAUCUCAAUUAUAUUGGCUGUCUGCCAAAGAUCAAUAGAAGAAUGUUUGAAAAGAAAAAAAGGGUCUAUGACAGUUGUGUGUAAGACAAUUGUGUGUAAGACAAUUGUGUGCAGACAAUUGUGUGUAACUUACACACAAUUGUCCAUUCACACAAUUGCCUUACACACAAUUGUCCAUACACACAAUUGUCUGCACACAAUUGUCCAUACACACAAUUGUCUGCACACAAUUGUCUUACACACAAUCGUCGUGCUCCCAAAAAAAAAGAUUCAAAUUUUAUAAUAUAUAAUCUGUUGAUAUAAACAAAUAAUCAUUUAUAAGUAGUUAUGGAACAUUAUGGAUAAAAAAAUUCCAACAAACGUAAUGCUACUAUUGAUACUUUUUUCGUAUCUAGUAAGAAAUCUCGUGAAGAAAAUAGUAGCACAAACAUCAUCUCAAAUCAGUCGUGUUCAUCAUCUUCAUUCUUACCUACUUCUUCUAUCACAUCGAACGACUUGAACUCUUCAUUUCUAUCUGAUUGUGGUUCAGUUGAUGCACGUGUAGUUCAUUCCACACAUUCAUUAUCAAGUAAAGAAAAUUCUCCAUCAAGAGCUUCAUCAAGUUCUCCAUCAAAAUCUUCAUCAAAAUCAUUUCCUGGUGAUGUGAGUCGAACAAGUCAAGAUCCACCUUCACAACCUCAUUUAGCAGUUUAUCCAAAAGAUGAAGAUAAUAGAGCAUUUCAGAUGCAAUGGUUCACAAAUCGACCCUGGUUGGAAUACUCAGUAGAAAAAGACUCAACAUUUUGUUACUAUUGUCGUCAUUUUUCACAUUUUAUUGCAUCAAGUCGUUUUACAAAAGAUGUGUUCACCGCGCAAGGCUUUAAUAAUUGGAAGCGUGCUUUGGCACAGGACAGAGGUUUUAACAAACACGUUAACAGUCAAGCACAUAUAAUGUCAACUGCAAAUUUUUUUGAAUAUCAAUCACGUCAACAAUCUGGAACAACUGUACUUAAUAUUCUUGAUAAAUCAAGAGCUGAACUAAUUCGUCAAAAUCGUAAUAAACUGAUAAAAAUUAGUUCAGCAAUUUUGUUAUGCGCAAAGCAAUGUAUAUCUCUUCGUGGUCAUGAUGAAAGUCUUGAUUCACUUAAUCGUGGAAAUCUGAUCGAGAUAUUAAAGUGGUCAUCAACAACUGAUCCAUUAGCAAAAGCUAUACUAGAAGAGAGUGCAAGUAAUGCUACUUAUUUGUCACAUCAAAUUCAAAAUGAGUUAUUGAACAUUAUGGCAAAUCAAAUACAAGAUAGAAUUUCUAAAAAACUAGCUGGAAAUGUAUAUACUUUAUUAGCUGAUGAAGCAGUAGAUGCUAGUCAUAAUAAACAAUUAUCUAUUUGGGUUCGGUUUGUUGAUGAUGAACAUGAACUUAAAGAGUAUUUCUUAGGAUUUAUUCGUCUUCAUGAUUUUGAUGCUGCUUCAUUAGCAAAAGAAAUAGCUAAUCAUUUGGUAAAGCACAAUAUUUCUAUGUCAAUGUGUAUAGCACAAUGUUAUGAUGGAGCUGCUGUAAUGUCAGGUCAAUAUAGUGGAGUUCAUGCGAUAUUACAACAAAAUUUUAUGCCAAAAGCUAUUUAUAUCCAUUGCAUGGCCCAUAGAUUGAAUUUAGUUAUAUGUCAUGUAUGUUUAGUUAUUCCAUAUAUCGAGGAGUUCUUUUCAAUUCUAUCGAAUAUUCAUAAUUAUUUCGUAUCUUCUGGUGUUACUAAUCGAUACUUUUGUGAUGCACAAAAACUUCUUAAAUUAGAUACAACAUCAAAAUUGAAAAAGUGGGGAAAUACACGUUGGGAUUCUCGGUUUAAAUCUAUUGAUGCUAUAAAAAAUAAUUUUCCAGCAAUUAUUAAAGCACUUGAAGAUUUAGUAGAGGAUGGUGGAAGUCGUGCAGUUGGUGCACGAGGUUUGCUUGUACAUAUGAAGGAAUCAAUGUUUAUAGUAGCAAUGUUUAUUUUACAUCGUUUAUUAGGACCAAUAAAAAUUCUGUCAGAUCAGUUGAAAGGAGUUUGUGUUGAUCUUGGUUCAGCAAAGAAUCUUAUAUCAACACUUUAUGAACAAUUAAAUGAUAUGAAAAAUGAGAAAUCAUUUAAGGACAUAUUAGGUGAUAAAAUGAUCAACAACAAAAAAUGA